GGUCGUUCCUUCCUGCAAGCACCCCACGAUAUACCCGGGGUUAACCUGCGUUCAGAAACACCUCCGGAUCGUUGCUUUCUCCCGAAGAAGAUGAUUCACGAAUGGAGCAACGCUCACGCACGCGGUGUUGCAGCCAUCCGGCUCUUCCCUAAGACCGGCCACCUACUGCUCUCCGCGGGUAUGGAUUCGCGAAUAAAGCUCUGGGAGCUGUACAAUGACCGACGCCUCAUCCGCACGUAUAUGGGUCAUCGACAGGCUGUGCGGGACAUAACCUUCAACACGGCUGGCACCCAGUUCCUCAGCGCCUCUUACGAUCGCUUUAUCAAGCUGUGGGACACGGAGACGGGCAAGUGUGCCGGUCAGUUCAACCUCAAGAAGGUGGCCUACUGUGUGAAGUUCAACCCGGACGAGGACAAACAGCAUCUCUUCCUGUGCGGUUGUGCCGACAAGAAGAUCCUCUGUUACGACAUUCGCAGUGGAGAAGUUGUCCAGCAGUACGAUCGCCAUUUGGGUGCCGUGAACACAGUGACCUUUGUUGAUAAUAACCGGCGCUUUGUGUCCACCUCGGAUGACAAGUCCCUCCGUGUCUGGGAAUGGGACAUCCCCGUGGACUUCAAUUCGCUUAUCGGCAAACAGAACACCGUUCGCCCUUUUGGCAGCCUUAGCACAUUGCAAAGACAGCUUCAGAAAUGGCACAAUAAUGAUUCCCAGCUCUUUUUGUUUGGCUACGUUCCACAGGCACCUGCCAUCAAGUAA